UUCUACAACGAACCUGGCACGUUGGUUGACGAUCCGUACGCUGACGUCGAAUGGAAUUAUUUCGAAAGGAAGUCUGAGAAAUAUAAAUCAAUGGAAAAACAGGUGGAUCGCCUCAAAAACUUGACAGAAAUAAGCAUUGAUGACGCAAACAAUAUACUGACGUCACUAGCGGACAUGGUGCAGCCGAACAAUGAGACGAGUGAUGACGAAACAAUGACCAUUCUCCCAAGCGAAUUAGAAAUAGCGGGAACGUCGUUACAGUUGGUCGUUGGGCUGAAUCCUGUUUCCACCGCGCCGCUAGAAGGCGUACAAGAGUUCACCAAAGUCGUUGCAAACGUCAGUAGCUCGAUGAUCAACCCAAGCUACGCAUCUGCGUGGACGAUGACGCAAAAGAAUCCCGCGUCGCCCGGAAGUUCAGGUAUUGUGACGUCAGCAGAGGUCCUAAGUCGUGAAGUUAGUCGUCGAUUAUUGGGAAAUCUUAACCAAACCCAACGAGUGACGGCACAGUCCGAUUCUGUCGCGUUCUGGAUGGACGUUUAUGAGAACGACAACUUCCGCGAAGAAGUUUCACCUAGGAGCAACAAAGAGUACGAGAGUUUCGAGGAGUCCUACUCCUAUUACUCCUACCAAUCAGAGAGCUCCAGCCAUGAGGAGCAGAACAAUGGGCAGGAGGGAGAGGAUAAUAGAAAUGAGGAGAGAGACAAUGGGAAUGAGGAUACGAGCAAACCUUACAUAUUUCCGCCUCCAACUUCACCAGGAGUUUCAGGAACGACCAGAUCACCAGAAACGUCAUCAACCUACACAACAAGGAUUCCCGGAAGAGGGGGUUUUCUUGAUGACGUCAUCACCCUACCCCGCAGAGCGCUUGGACGCAAAUCUGCGGUGAUAAACGUGAGGUACAAAAAUAUUGACCAUGCUAUGCCUACGAGGAAAGAAGAGAACAGGUUACUCGCGGAACAAGCCAGGGUUCGACUCUCAGUGGUCAACAGUGCCGUUAUCACGACCAGUGUGAUCCCUCCUCCUCCGGAUGUUGUGUUUCAGGAGGACCCGGUCAUCAUUGUGUUUCGCCACUGGAGGGCAGCAAGAGGCAACAUCACAGAUGAAGACAACCAACCAUUGAACGCCACGUCAUCGCCCAAUCGAACGGAACCAAUCAUAUCGAAAAGCGAGGAAACUUUGGAUUGCGUUUAUUGGGAAGCUCAAACAGAACAUAACGAAGGUGGUGCGUGGUCAACUAAAGGAUGUGAAGUGAUGUCAAGUAACCACACGCACACUGUAUGUAGCUGCACUCAUCUUACUAGCUUUGCUGUGCUACUACAGAUCGUUGAUUACGAAGAAGAAAACGAACUUUCUGCCACCCACCAGAGGGCGCUAUCCAUCAUAUCCAAAGUUGGGUGCGUUCUGUCGUUUAUCGGGGUGACUCUCAUGUGCGCUGCAUUCAUUAAACUCAAGUUCCACACGGAAAACAUGAAAAUUCAUUUCAACCUUGGGCUCGCUGUUGGAUUUGCUGACCUCGUGUUUUUGUUCGAAGAAGUUGCUGAGUCAUCAAGAACGGGCUGCGUCAUCGUGACUGUGCUACUUUAUUAUUUCAACAUGGCUGUGUUGGCUUGGAUGCUUAUUGAGGGCGUCCAUCUUUACUCGCAAGUUGUCGUAGUUUUCGUUUCAGCUCGACGUUGGGUGAAGAGGUAUAUGGUAGUGGGUUGGGGAGUUCCCCUCUUCAUACUCACAGUAUCAAUGGGAAUAUUAAAUGUUAAACUUGGAACGAAUGGGAUUUGCUGGUUAUCCCCAAGUGACAACUCAAUCUGGGCGUUUGCUGCCCCAGCUUUGGUUGUCAUACUCAUCAACACAGUCAUACUUAUCACUGUUAUAAAGGUCAUUAUAAACAUACAACCUGAGAAAUCAAAUCACGCUAAAGUAUCGAAGCUCAGGAAUGCAGUCAAAGGAAGCAUCUUCUUAUUCCCCUUACUUGGAACAACCUGGAUAUUUGGUUUGCUUUCACUGAGUCAGAAUACUCUAUUGUUCCAAUACGUGUUCGCGACAACCAACUCACUACAAGGAUUCUUUCUAUUCGUGUUUCACUGCUUGUGCAACUCAGAGGUCCGAGAAGAUGCGCGCCGUCACCGAUGGUUUGUGACGUCAUCGUCCACACAAGGCCUUGGAACACGAGGUCAACGAAACCAACCGGGAGUUCUUAGUUUGAACGUAGCCAACGGAUUACGACGGUUUAGGAACAGCAUUAGCUUCGAAACACCGACCCCAUCCACGUUGUCCAAUCAGGAGAGCGAAACUGAAGAUUCAAAAAAGGCGGGGAAGUUGGGAGCAAUAUUGAGUUUCUUUCCCCAGAUGUUUUCGUCCAAGUUCCCUCCCACUAUUAUGGAGAGAAGGGAAUACGAAGAAACCAAGUUAACUCCAACAGGAACCCCCGCUAGUGGGGGAAGUCCCAGAAGCGAUACCAGGGAUGCAGAGAAGAACGUCCCGUUACCGGGCAUGCCGGUGAAGAAUGAUAAGUUCAUCACAAGUUUGAGCCAACUAAGCUUGCCCAAGGAAGCUCAAGUGAAGUUGAACAAACUCCUCGCGGAUCACAUCUCGCGCACUGAUGCGGACUCUCCUCCGGAUGUUGGGGAGCUUGGGAAGGAUGAGGAGCAGAAGAUGAAAAUGUCGUACGAUUCCGGACUCAACAGCAUCGAGAAUGAAUCGGAGCUGGAAGAUGAGGAUGGUUGGAUGGAGGGGAGUAAAAAUGUGAAAGAAGAUUAAAAGAACAUCUGAUGGGUUCUGAUAGGGGGUGGGGUAAGGUGGGAUAGUUUUAAUUUUGGGGUAAGAUGGGACAGUUUUAAUUUUAUCAUCUCAUUUGGCAAAGAAUUAUACAACUGUAUUCCGUAUCCUAACAUAUAAUCGAUAAAUCAUGUAUCAGCUAUGUUUUGUUAGUUAUUUGUCAAUAUAUAUCGGGUUGGGGUAAGAUGGCUCAUGUUUUCAUUCACUUUUAUCGUCCCAUUUGGUUGUAAACAAAGAAUAAUUCCUUUCCUCACGACUUUUAAAGUUUGUUGUUAAUUGUUAAAAAUACAAUUAGGGAAUAUGGGAUUUUUUUGCUAACCUUACCCCACACUGCUGUAUUGCUGGUUUUGGUUGUAAUAUGAAGUUUUAUAGAUUUUGUAAAUAUUUGUCAACUUGAGGUACAAGUGCUGUGGUUGUUGUAGUUUGUGUUUUUUUAUUGUAAAUAUAGGUAAAUAUGACACGGUUUGUGGGCAGUUUCAUUGCAAACGUAUUGGAUGCAUGGUUGUAUUGAAACUGACCAAUAUGUAAAUAAUUUGCUUUGAAUAAAAUGUAGAUGAAACUG